AUGGCACUAUUAAUGGAUAACCAAUUCGGAAAUCUUCCAGCCGACAACGCAGUGAAUACAAAGUUGUUUCUGGAGUCAGUGGCAUAUCUUCCACCUUUUUUGGACUGCCUGGGGUCAAAACUAUUUGCUCCUAUCAAAUCAGACAUCAGUGGCAAUAUAACAAAAAUCCGAGGUGUGUUUGACAAGGACCCUGCCAAGUAUGCAACUCUACAGCAGAUAGUGGAGGCAGAGAAGGAGACACAUGGCACAGAGUGGCCCAAAGUGGGAGCCACCUUGGCCCUAAUGUGGCUGAAGAGAGGCCUCUGUUUCAUCCAGGUCCUGCUGCAGAGCUUGGCAGACGGAGAGAAAGACGAGAACAACCCUAACCUCAUCCGUGUUAACAUCACCAAAGCCUACGACCAGGCCCUGAAGAAAUACCAUGGCUGGCUCGUGCAGAAGAUCUUUAAGGCGGCGUUGCUUGCAGCACCCUACAAGUCAGACUUUAUCAAGGCCCUGUCAAAAGGUCAAGAGGUCACAGAGGAGGACUGCAUGGCUAGUGUACGCCAGUUCCUCAUCAAUUUCACGGCAACUGUGGAUGCCAUCUAUGAGAUGUACACAACGCUGAAUGCAGAGCUGGACUAUAGCGUUUGAUGUUGUCCCCCAAACCGGACUGCAGCAGCAUCCUGCUUGGUACUUUCUUUCAGUCUUCUGUUUUUCGUCCU